UCUGGAGCUGGGCUUUGUCCCCAGAGCUGCACAGGGCAGCACGAUCCCCACGGCAUCCCCACACAGCGGUCCUGCCCUCGGCUGAGCUCGGGACUGCCUGUGCGGAGCGAAGGAACCCCGACAGAAAUGUCUGUGGGACGGGAUAACCUGAAAGCACAGGCAGAAAAAUCGCCUGCAAUGUCUGUGCGCUGAAGGCUUUGCUUUGCUCGGCUGCAGGGGGACACUUAACCCUUUCUGCUGCGUGUCUCAGGGACAGGCAGGCUGCCGGGAGGGAGCAGCUCCUGCGGCCCUGGUGACAGCCGUGAUGUGACAGGGAAAGCUGAGCCAGGGCCGAGGUGACACUGCAGGCACCAGAGCACCCUGGCCCCGGUGCCCCUGGCUAUCAGCCCUCUCAUCUCCUCCCACACGGAUUGUACACGGCCUCUCUCCUCAGCUCUUCCCUUGACAAGCAAAUGAAGUCCGCGAAGUCGCUGUUUCUGUCGCAGGUCACGCUGUGGCACCACUUUAUCCUGCUGGAGCCCCAGACAUCAUCUGCAUUGACUAGAAACACCUCAGCGAUAAUGGAAUUCCUUAUUAUGUAUGGGAAGAACCCGUGUUGAAGAGUGACCUGGCCCUUCCCAGGGAGCUGUCGGGCUCAGGUGUGCCCAGGCAGGAGCCCUGGCUGCGGCUGGGAGAGGCAGUGCAGACCCCGCAGGGCUCCCUUCUGCGCUCCCCUGCUUGCGGCUGCUUGGUGCCUCUCCCGGCAGCUCUGCAGGUUAUGAAUGCCCACAGAUUUCUAGAGGGAAGACACAAAAGUGAGAUGGGCUCUUGGCACAUCAGGGACGUGAUUUGUCACCACCAGCAUCUGACAGGGGGAUUUCACCUCCAGAUGCUUUUCCUCCUGCUCAGAAACUCCAAGGUCUCUUUUGGCCAGGGCAGAGGCUGUGCUGGUGCAAGGUGCUGGUGGGAUGCCUCCACUGCUUUUAGUUCUUCUCAAAACUGAUGGGUUUAUCCUCAAAGAACCACAAACUACUGAUGCCUCUCCUCUCAUGUUUCUGGUCACAGCUCGCCUUGGCCAGAUCCAGCUCCUUGGAUGACUCCUCCAAGCCACAAAGGCACCUCGUUGCUAUAUUGAAAGAAGAUAAAGAGACGUUUGGGUUUGAAAUACAGACUAUUAGGUUUCCACACCAAAAUGAUUUCUCCCUGGAGGUGUGCACCUGUGUCUGCAGAAUCCAAGAGGAAAGCCCUGCCCAUCUCUCUGGCCUCCAGGCUGGUGACAUCCUCAGCAGCAUCAACGGCGUCAGCACCGAGGGCUUUGGUCACAAGCAAAUCGUGGACUUGAUAAAGUCUUCAGGAAACUAUCUGAGGUUAGAGACCAUCAACGGGGCCUUGUUCCUGAGGAAAAUGGAGCUGGAGAGCAGGCUGCAGGCUCUCAAGCAGGCGCUGCAGCAGCGGUGGGGAGAGCUGCGGGUGCUGCUGGCCCGGGAGAGGCUCCUGCUGCACGGGGAGGAGGCUGACACCGCUCUGCUGGGCGAGCUGGAGCCGGAGGAGCCCAGCAGCUCCCCGGGACCCUUCUUCCCAGGCAAGCCCCGCUUCUCCAGCGAGAGCAGCUCCCGCAGCCGCCUGAGCUCCAUGACGGUGGGCAGCCAGGACAGCUUCCAGCAGAUGUGCGAGGACCGCGGGGCCGGGAGCCUGAGCCGGCAGUCCAGCACGGAUGAGGACUGUGUGUUCCCCGGGGAUGCGCCCCGAGCCCCGAGCCCCCUGCGCAGGAACCGCAGCAUCAGCCUGGCCAGCGGCGGCUCCGCGUCCCCGCUCCGCCACAGCAGCUCCAGCAGCUUCGGGACCCUCCCGAGGAAGAGCAGGAGAGCCAGCGUUCGCAAGCAUCUUCUGAAAUUCAUCCCAGGCUUCCAGCGGGCAGUGGAAGAGGAGGAAAGCCGGGUGUGACGCCCCCCGUGUCCCCGGGCACGGCCCGGACCACAGCACUGAUGAGGCUCGCACGGCUCGGGGCUUUUAAUGAUUUUCAUUUUUAAUCAGAGCACGGCGCGGACCUCCUCAUUAACGUGAAAAUGAGCGACUCCAAAAUGUGAAGAACCUUUGCAGAACUUCCUCGGCGAACUUUACUGUUAAUAACAGUUUUUAAUUGAAUGCGAAAUUGAUAGCUAUUUAUUUCCUGUUACCGGAGCCAGUGUUUUCCAAAGGUCUUUAAUAAAAUGAGAGCUUCUGCUGAA